CGGGGGGAGGGCCAGCGUCCGUGCGGCGCGACCUUGGGAAGCGCCCCCGCCGGGCUGUGGGCCCCCACUCCCUCCGCGGCGGCCCCGGGCGCAGACCAGAGGGUCUCGGGAGCCGCCUCCCGGAGCCGGCGCAGGCCUCUUGCCUCUCGAAGCCUCCGUUUCCUCAUCCGUAAAAUGGAGACGCUGCCGGCCGCUGGCCAGGGCGGGCCUGAGACUUGGGAGGGCAGUGAGGCCCGGCCAGCCCCUCCAGGAGCGAGCCCGUCCGCCCAGCCCCGGGUUUGAGGCCUGGCCGCGUGGAUGCUCUGACGGGGAGUCUGGGCCCCUGCCCUGUGGGGUGAAGGGCGGCCGGCCGGUUAUCUCUGGACCGCUCCAACCCGGAUCCCGCUGUGGACCCUUUGGAAGAGCGUUCACAGACAGUGGAACUGGCUAUCAGCGCUUUACAGUUGUCCUUGACUGCAGUACAGGGCAGUCAAAAACCAGAGCCCUAGAUUCGUGUCCAUUCUUCUGAAACGGGAGGGGAAGAGCACUUUUUACUGUUGUUUUUUAAACACAAACACAUGGAGUAACAACGAAUUCUUGUGAGUCACAGAGGAGCAGUGACCAGGAGGCUCCACAGAGGACAGUUUUAGCCGUGGCCUCGGCAUGGUGCUCAAGGCCUUCUUCCCCACGUGCUGUGCCUCAGCGGACAGUGGCCUCCUGGUUGGACGGUGGGUCCCGGAGCAGAGCAGCGCCGUGGUCCUGGCUGUGGUGCACUUUCCCUUCAUCCCCAUCCAGGUCAAGGAGCUCCUAGCCCAGGUGCAGCAGGCCAGUCGGGUGCGCGUGGCUGUGCUGGGCACCUGGUGCCACCGCCGGCAGGAGCCGGAGGAGAGCCUGGGCCACUUCCUGGAGGGCCUGGGCACCAUCUUCUCCCAUGAGCCCUGGCUCCAGCUGUGCCGGGAGAGGGGCAGCAAGUCUUGGAGCUGCAAGGCUACCCGCUGGCAGGGGCCUGCCUCCUCUGCCGCCUCCGGCGAGGACCAGGUCAUGCUCAUCUUCUACGACCAGCGCAAGGUGCUGCUGUCCCAGCUGCACCCGCCCGCGGCCUUGCCCAACCGUCAGGCUGGGGAUGCCACGGCCAGCGCGGGGGGCCUGGCUGCUGUCUUUGACACAGUGGCGCGCAGUGAGGUGCUCUUCCGAAGUGACCGGUUCGAUGACGGCCCCGUGCAGCUGAGCCACUGGCAGUCGGAGGGCGUGGAGGCCAGCAUCCUUGUGGAGCUGGCCAAGUGGGCAGCGGGGCCUGUGUGCCUGCUGCUUGCAUUCCUGCUGUCACUCGUCUCUGCUGCCGGCGCUUGUCGGGUGUUCAAGCUGUGGCCGCUGUCCUUCAUCUGGAGCAAGCUCUCCACGUGCGAGCAGCUCAGGCACCGGCUGGAGCAGCUCACGCUCAUCUUCAGCACCCAGAAGGCCAAGAACCCCACCCAGCUGAUGAGGAAGGCCAACACGCUUGUGUCUGUCCUCCUCGACGUGGCCCUCGGCCUUGUGCUUCUGUCCUGGCUCCACAGGAAGGACCGAAUUGGGCAGCUGGCUGACGCCCUCAUCCCUGUGGCUGACCACGUGGCCGAAGAGCUUCAGCAUCUAUUGCAGUGGCUGAUGGGUGCACCCGCUGGGCUCAAGAUGAACCGGGCGCUGGACCAGGUGCUGGGCCGCUUCUUCCUGUACCACAUCCACCUGUGGAUCAGCUACAUCCACCUCAUGUCCCCCUUCAUUGAGCGUAUCCUGUGGCACGUGGGCCUCUCAGCCUGCCUGGGCCUGACAGUCGCCCUGUCCAUCCUCUCGGAUAUCAUCGCCCUCCUCACCUUCCACAUCUACUGCUUCUAUGUCUAUGGCGCCAGGCUGUACUGCCUGAAGAUCCAUGGCCUGUCCUCGCUCUGGCGCCUGUUCCGAGGGAAGAAGUGGAAUGUUCUGCGCCAGCGCGUGGACUCCUGCUCCUACGACCUGGACCAGCUGUUCAUCGGGACCUUGCUCUUCACCAUCCUGGUCUUCCUUCUGCCCACCACGGCCCUGUACUACCUGGUGUUCACCCUGCUCCGGCUCCUGGUGGUCACCGUGCAGGGCCUGAUCCAUCUGCUUGUGGACCUCAUCAACUCCCUGCCACUGUACUCGCUUGGCCUCCGGCUCUGUCGACCCUACAGGCUUGCAGAACCUUCCGCCUUGGGAAUCCCCAGGCUUGGGAGCCCACACUGCAGGCCUGAGCAUGCCGGCGUGAAGUUCCAAGUCUCGGAGCAUGAGGCUGGCAGGCCCCUCCGCCUCCUGAUGCAGAUAAACCCCCUGCCCUACAGUCGCGUGGUGCACACCUACCGCCUCCCCAGCUGUGGCUGCCACCCCAAGCACUCCUGGGGUUCACUGUGCCGCAAGCUGUUCUUCGGGGAGCUCAUCUACCCCUGGAAGCAGAGAGGGGACAAGCAGGACUGAGGGACCCCGGCCACUGGCCCACCUAGCACUGCUGCCUGCCAGGGUGUCAGGGCAGCACAGGGUCCUGCUCUUUGCCUUCCUGCCCCUGGUUGUUUGGGGCCUCUGCCCACCCUGGUGGGACCCUGCCCGUCACGUCUUUUCCUGACUCUAAGGUCGUGGCAGUGGUGACCAGGAGGACGUAGGAGUGGCCAGCGGGUCAGCGGCCCAUGCUCCAGCACCAGCACGUUUGCCUUGGGACCCCCCUGCUGAUCUGUUAUGAUGGCACAGUUAACCUGGUGCCCGCCUGCCCCAGAGCCCCAUCCUGCCCACUCCCCAGUCCACACCCAGACCCCAGGAGGGGGUACAGAGCCCCACCUCUGCCCACUCUGCCUGUUCCCAGUGGGGUGGGCUGGCAGGUCUUCCUCGCUGCUCCCCAGCACCCCACCCUGUUAUGGAGUGGGGGGUCCCUUCCCAAGGUGCGCUCAAGUGUCCUUGAGACUCUGGCCCCCAACCAUCUCCUUCCCUGGGGGAUGCCCUCCUAGUUCCCCAGUGCCUUCCAGCUGUCUCACUGGAGCCACAGCCAGCCAAUCUUGGGGAUCCAAGCCGCUGCUGACUCCCAGCCCAGUCCAGCAGCUCCAGGAAGCUAGGUGGCAGCGCCCCUCAUACCUUGACUCGCCCAGGGCUUACUUGCUGAUGCUCCUGGAGAGACUGCUCUGCAGGAGGAGCUGCCCACAGGCCUUUGGGUGUCCCUGUGUGAAGCCAGGCCACAUGGGGUGCCCAGAGCUGGCAGCAGAGACCCACCCACCCGGCUACCCUAUUCCUGCCCUGUACCCCUGCAGAUCUUCCAUAUCACUCACUGGCUUCUCGCAGAAUCAGGCAGCUCCUGGGUGGACACUCCUGCAGCCCCCAGGGAGGGGUCCUAGCACUCAGACUGCAUCUGCUUGCUGGCCGCAGUCAGAAUCUGAGUGUGGGUGUGAGCCCCGGAAUCCCCAGAGGGAGGAAGCCUCAAGACGCUGGUGGUGUCACAUGCGGUGUGUUAUUGUGAGGUCAGAGAUGUUCAUGCUGUAGGCAGCGGGGCAGUGCUCCCUAUCCAUCCUGGGCACUCGGAACCGUCCACUUCUGCCACCCAAGCUCCUUGGCCUGGGGGAGUCCCCAACAGCCCAGGGUCGGGCAGGAGGGGUCCUGGCUCUGUCUUUUCUGCUCGGACAAUAAAGCCUCCCACGUGUUUAGAGU